CUAUUCAAACCUGUUUAAAAAAAUGUCAAUAUGGUCGAGACGAAAUAUUGGGACGAGACGAAAGCGAUUUUUACCGGCGGUGGAGAAAAUGGAAACAGAACUUUGCUUUUAUUUUUAUUUUAUUUCAAGUUAUUUUAGUUUACAUAAUGUUUAUCUUACUUUACUGUACAGCACAUUGAAUUGCAUUUAUGUAUGAAAUGCACUUUACAAAUAAAAAUGCCUUGCCUUGCCUUCCACACCAACACGAUGGUAGACAGGACGCGGGAGCUGCUCUGUAAAAAAUAGAGCUUGAGCAGAAUUUUGACGGCAGUGGCAGGUAGUGUCCUGUUGAAAUGAAUGGCAAAGUAGCAAACUAGCAUUGUAUAUGGGGAGAUUUUGAACAGGACUGGCUGUGCCAACACUGUCGGUGCGAAAGGCCGAGUAACACACCGCCUGAUACCCGGCUGUCUUCUCGCUACUGACACGCCACGCUCUUGUGUGUAUCUGGCCCUAUAUCCCAAAAACGGGCCACAAAGCUUGCCCAAAAACUUGGGCGCACACAAAGCGACUUCAUGUAUUAUAGAGUACAAACUCACAAGAUUUAUUGCAAAAAAGGUUGACCAUCUAGACAGUGAAUUUCUCAAGGACUGGUGAAAAUUCGAGCACUUCUUUAAAUUUAAUGAGCAAAACAUAAAGUCGCCUGUAUUAAAAGUCGGUCAUUGUAGAAGCCUUGGCCUCCGAAAUCAAAUCUUUUUAUGUACCAAUUAUAGACCAUUAGCACACAAAAUUUGGUGCAAAUCUGUCCACUCUUUCAAAAGGUAAAGUAUUUACACAAAAUACCUUUCUGAGUGGCCAGCAAAAAAUAAUAAUUUCAAUCAAAAAGAUCCAUGUCACUUUUUUUCUAACACACUGUACGGGAUAAAGGAGCUGAUCCAUGCCACAUGUACAGUAAUAUCCCAUCAUCUGAAGGCCUCAGAUCACCACUCCAGAUUUUUUUUUUCAAAUCUAAAGUGGCCAAUUGAUGGGAUUGGACUGUCAUUUGGAUCGAGCUGAAGACUGCUGAAGGUUGGUUCAAACAUUUUCUAUUAUCAUUUAAUAUCAUUUUAUAUCAUUAUAUAGUCCUAUCUUUCUUUGCCCCUUAUUGUUGAGCUCUACAUUUAUGUAUGUAUGUACGUGUGUACUAGGGCCGUAAUGAUAUUGUAUCGAACCAAGAAAUUGUGAUACACAGAUUCACAAUACUGUAUCGCGAUACAAGGAGGCAGCAUCAUGAUACGCCCUUUUAACGUUUUGAUACCGGUCAGGCCAGAAAACAACUACAUGAUAUGAAGUGAUAGUGCUUCCAAACAAUCAUUAUUAUAUAGAAACUUUUAAAAAGUAACAGUAGCCUCUUGUAACCUGUUCUACCUAUAAACUAUCAUAGUUUUUAUUCAUUAAGUUUAUAAUGUUGGCAAAUGUGAAAUAGUGUAGUGUAUCGAACUGUAGCUUAUGAAUAGUGAUUCAAACCGAAUCGUGAGUUGAGUGUAUUGUUACACUUCUAGUGUGUACAUAUCUCUGUAUAUCAGAAGGUUGCAAAAUCACUGCCUGAAAAAAACCAUUCUUCCAGAUGGCUUAGGAUCUAAGAGACUAAGUAUUUGAAUUGAUAGGCCUGAAUAUUCAAUUCUGUUGGUAAUUUGAAUCGUUAUCUUAUCAUCAUCAUCUAUCUUGCGUCAGUGUGCUGAAAUGUACCAAGAUGGACAGUGACAACGAGGUGGGAGAAGAGCCAACAGAGAACAAUGGCUUUGAAGAAGGACUGGGCCAACAAAGUAUGCCACUUAUCAGUGGAAUUAAUGAAAAUGCAGAGAAAAGGUAAACUAAAGCCACUGAACAUCAUCGAGAAAGAUGACACCGACUUAUUUGUGAAGUUCUUGAUCAGCCUGGGCAACAGAAGUAGCCAUGUGGAUAUUGAGACAGCUUCUGAAUUUGUCUGCCGCAUAUAUGGACAGAGAAAAACACGAGACACAAACGAGGCACGCUACCUGAAACUGAUGGAGAUGAGUGGAAACAUCAGUAAGGAGAGUCCACUGGCGAAUGUGAAGAGGGUUGAUUGUGCCUUGCUGCCACCAUCACGACGAGCUCUGGAGAUGCAUGUCCUUAGAGCACGUUAUGUGAGUAUUGUCUGGACGCUGGCAACACUGCCCUGUCCGACAGAUGGCUUGUCAGUGACCGACUAUGGGUGGUGUGUGAAAGACGGACUGCUGCAGCCAAACUGGUUCAAUGGUCCAUCUAUUCCGCAACACUUAUUCUCAGCGGGUACCGAGUCACACAGUCAGGAGGACAGCACUGAGGAGGAGUCAGAUGAGCCUUGGAGUGAGGAAUCUGAAGACUCAGACCAGGAGGACUAACACUAUGGUUCACUGUCUCAUACACACCUCGAUUUAGAGGUAAAUUAAUAUUGUUAUAUGUUGUGCUGUACUGCUAUGUUACACGUUAUGUGUUCAUACUGUUUGUUAGUUUUACUUUCUAUGGUUAAGCAAUUUACAGAAAGCAGUUCCAAUAAUAAACUGAUUGAAUUGAACAAUAAACUCACUGUCAAUGUGUUCAUUUGUCAAGUUUGUCACUUUGACUGAUGUAACCAUACACUCUGUGGUCACGGGGAUACUCAUCUACUGGAAAUGUCAGAGGAUCAUUAUUGACAAAAGGUUUC